AUGUCUAAUAGUGCUGGUUUCGAUAGACAUAUUACUAUAUUUUCACCAGAAGGUAGAUUAUAUCAAGUUGAAUAUGCUUUUAAAGCUAUUAAUUCUUCAAAUAUUACAUCAUUAGGUUUAGUUGGUAAAGAUUCAUCAAUCAUUAUAUCUCAAAAGAAAAUACCUGAUAAAUUAUUAGAUUCAAAAACAGUUUCUUAUAUUUUUAAAAUUACUCCUUCAAUAGGUGUGGUUGCAACUGGUUCAAUUGCAGAUGCUAGAGCUCAAGCAAUGAGAGCAAGAUCAGAAGCAACUGAAUUUAGAUAUAAAUAUGGUUAUGAAAUACCAGUUGAAUCCUUAAGUAGAAGAAUGGCUAAUUUAUCUCAAUUAUAUACUCAAAGGGCAUAUAUGAGACCUUUGGGAGUUGCUUUAACAUUUUGUCAAGUUUCAUUUGAAGAUGAAAAUAAGGGACCACAAAUUUUUAAAAAUGAUCCUGCUGGUUAUUUUACUGGGGUUAAAGCAAUUUCAACUGGUCCAAAACAACAAGAAUUAAAUACUUAUUUAGAAAAAAAAUUUAAAAAAAUUGAUUAUAUAAAUGGUGAUUGGAAAGAAACUGUUGAAUUUGGUAUAAUUGCUUUAUCAACUGCUUUGGGAACUGAAUUUAGAAAAAAUGAUAUAGAAAUUGGUGUAGCUACUGAAGGGGAAUUUAAAAUAUUAACUUCAGAGGAAAUUGAUGAAAGAUUGAUUGCCAUUGCAGAACAAGAUUAA